UUUCAGUCAGAGCUGACGAUCAUUCAACCAGACACUCUUCACUGACUCCAGAUAUCUGAUCUUCUGCAAGCUUCAAUUCAGCACCCGCUACAGAUUCUAGAACAUGGAAACUCCAGACGCUGCUGUUGCUGAGGCAAUAAAGGCAUCAGGCGAGUCCACCCUGGAAAAGGCUACAGCAAAAGCUAAAGAAACAAUUGAUCAGUUGUUUAAUGUCUCACUUAACGUCGCUGUGACUGGAAAUACAGGAUCUGGGAAAUCCUCCUUUGUAAAUGCACUUAGAGGGAUAAAAGAUGAUGAUGAUGGAGCAGCACCAACUGGAGUUACCGAAACUACAAUGGAAGCCACCAUGUACACACAUCCGACAAUGCCAAAUGUGAAGAUCUGGGACCUGCCUGGAAUAGGAACACCAAACUUCAAAGCAGAAAAAUACCUUAAAGAUGUCAAUUUUAAGAACUAUGAUUUCUUCAUUAUUCUUAACUCACAAAGGUUCACACAAAAUGACAUCAUGCUGGCUAAAGAAAUAAGAAAACAGAAGAAAAACUUUUACUUUGUUCGUUCCAAGAUUGACAAUGACCUCAGGGCAGAGGAAAAGAAAAAGGGAUUUGAUGAGCAGAAACUUCUCUCCAAAAUAAGAGACUACUGUGAAAAAAACCUAGAAGAUGUGGGAGAACCUAAAGUUUACUUGAUAUCGUCUUUUGACUUGGAGAAAUAUGAUUUUGAAAUACUUCAAAACACUCUCGAAGAAGAUCUUCCAGACCAUAAGAGAUCUGCUCUUCUACAAGCCUGGCCAGUGUGCUCAGCAGAAUCUCUCGAGAAGAAGAUCAAAUUCUUCCAACGCAUGAUCUGGGCUGCAUCUUUUGCCUCUGCUGGUAUAGCCGUGGUCCCUCUGCCGGGUCUUUCAGUAGCAUGUGAUUCAAGCAUGGUGUUGCUUUUCCUGUCAAGGUGCUACUAUUCGUUUGGUUUGGAUGAAGGAUCAUUGUCAAAGCUUUCAGAAAAAGUGAACAAGCCCCACCUGAAAGAUAUGCCCAAAUCAAAGUUAUUUGCUGCCAUGAAAGACAAAGUUUUUACCAGAGUAAGCAGUUCUGCUGCACUCACUGCCAUUACCACUGUUGAACUUUUGUUUAGUCUCCUUCCAGGUGUGGGCAGUGCUGUUGCGGCAGGAAUCUCCUUCACGACGACUGCGUACCUCUUGAGAGAAGGAUUAAAUGAUCUGGCAGAAACUGCUCGAAGUAUCAGAAAAGAAGCUGGGCUGGAUAUAGCCUAAAACUACAAGCAGACAAUCUAUGUUGUUCUAGUUUGUUCCCUUCAUUGAUAUAUGUACAAUAAAGCAUGAAUUGUUUUCUGUUAGACUGUGUGGGGGUUUAGCAAAGAGAAUAACACUCU